ACUGACGACAGUUCGAAUCUGCAACUCCAACUUCAAACGUGUUGGAAGAUUUUACACCAUUUUGCAGCAAAAUAGCAGAACCGAGCAAUAGUACUGCGUUUUUAAGUGAAUUUAUUAAUUUAUACAGACAAUUACCUUGUUUGUGAGAAAUAAAAAGUAAAUUUUAUUCAGACAGACGCGAAAAAAUAAAGCUUACGAAAGAUCACUAGACAUAUAAAAGUGUCGAAAGCAGUGCAACCGUUGAUAUUGUUGAGAAAAAAAUUAACAAUUUUAGAUGUGCGCUUUCACAAUUAAGAAAAUUCCAUCGACUGUUAAAAUGCCGUGCCAUUUUCUGACAUUCUUCAACUGAAAAUAAUAAUAUGCAUCUAUGUAGGCAACAAUACUUCAAAAUCAAUCUUUUGUUUCUGUGUGAAAAUGGUACAGACAAAUUAAUUACUAUACUGAUAUGGAAGUUCUUCAUAUUGCUCGACCAAUCUUUUAUCCAAAAUUUUGCUUUUGCUAUUGGCUCUUGUAUAGUAAUAAUAAGAAUAUAAGAAGUGCUGCGAACUUUUUUCUUAACCGUUUAGCUAACAACAUUGUUGUUCUAUCGGCCGAUCAGAACUGACAAAAUGUUCGUGUGCGUGGAGAAGGCACAGUUUUCCUGCAGUUCAGAAUCAGUCAGUCUCAAAACUUCAGGCGGCGCCGUUUCAAAUAACUGACUAGUGUAUGGUUCGAGAAAGUUUGAAUCUUCAGUUCAGGUUGUACAGUCCCAGAACCAGGAGAACUGCGUGAGAAUGGGUACCUUAAUGCUCGUUCUUCGUAGUCCUAGCAGUUAUUGUUUUACGUAUAUCGAAUACUAGGUCGCUUCUCAUCUCUACAAAAUAACUGUGUGCUGCGCGCCCUUGUGGCGUAAAAGUUACAGCGAUCAACACUCAACAGAUAACUGACAUUUGUCAGGUGAGAAUGUCAGUUUUGAGGUUAUGCUUACCUUAUUUUUCGAAUGAACUUGAAUCUUGAAACAACUUUUUUUUCGAAAAUUCUCAUUUAAUUUCGAACAUGGCCGAGGGAGGCUUAGAAGGAUUUAUCUGCCCGAGAUGCAUGAAGGAUUUUCGAUCACCCCAAAACCUAAUUACUCACUUUGAACGUUCCCAUUCUGAAGAGCAGGAUUUAUUAAAAUCUAUAAAAAGUAUCUAUGGUAAAGCUAAAAAAAUAUUCAAAUUAGAUGAGCAAGAUUUGGAGCAGUUCAGGAAAGAGCUAAAUUUAGAGAGAAAUCUUGUAGAGGAACCUCAAGAUCCAGGACCCACGAAAUCGUACACUGAUUACUUCAAAGAAGUCCGGAGAGAUAGGCUAGAGCAUCGGACAACAGAAACAAAUAAGCUAAUUAUAAGGCUAGAUCGUCUUCUGCAAUUAGAUGGAUCAGAUCGUAAACUACAUGAACAAGAACUUGUAGCUUGGAUAGAUGGAACUUCAGUCACUAGGUGUCCAUCAUGUGCAUCUUCUUUCAAUCUUGUUGUACGUCAGCAUCACUGUAGGCUGUGUGGGAGCAUCAUGUGUAAUUCAUGUUCAUAUUUCCUGUCAUAUGAAACUGCUGAGGAAAUAGUCACUCCAGUAAAAACCUUUAAUGGAAGAGAGCAUAGAUCAUCUAAAGAAUCAGAUAGUAUAAGGAUAUGUCAGCACUGUUUGGACAUGCUUGAAAGUAGGAGAAAAGCCCAAGUUGAACAAAUGAUGCAGCCAAUUAUUUGUCAAUUAUACAGUCACUUACAGAAAAGUAAGCAACAGAUUCAACAUUCUGUUGACAUGUAUUCUAAGAUGCACAAUUCUAUUUCAUUGGGGGAGGCAACUUAUGCUCUGCAAGAUUUACACUCUCUCCGAACGACCAUAGCAGACAAGGCUCAGAUGAUAGACACUUUGAGUAAGAAGAUUGCCUCUCUACCAGUAGAUCCUAACACACCAAAAGCAGUAACUCUCCAAAAUAGCAUUAGAAAAGCCACCUCUGUGUACAUUAAAGAUUACCUGCUUAGUCAGCCUCCACCACCAACAUUAGAGCAGUUAGAGCAGAUAAAGCAAGGACGCUCUCUCAAAAAUGCAGAUGAUGAUGACUUGAUCCCCAGGGAGAGACUAAGGAUUACUAAAGUGACUGUAACUACUGGAUGGUCUCCAGCUAAUGUCAACAAUGAAAGGACGGCACCUGAAGAUGCUGACCCACUUCUAGAACAGAUGAAUAAUGUACGAAGUUACAUUGAUCAAGCAAGGAAAGCUCAUCGCUAUGAGGAAGUUGCGUCAUUAGAAGAGAAUUUAAAGAUGCUAAAAGAAAUUUACCGAAAGCAGCAAAGAGAAAAAACGGGUAGAAAGUCGGAUUAAAUAAGGUAAAAUCCAUAUAUCAAUAUAUUAUAUAUGGUAUACGCUGUUUCAAAACAAAUGUUACUUAUUUGGUGAUCGAUGCUUAGUCAAGAUGACAGAAUAAUAUUUGUUAAUCACCACAUGGAAUUAGACAGUUUCACUGGAGAUGACACGAUAAUUGCCGCUUUAUUGCAAAACAGUCCGUUUUGAUAAUAGAUAUACGUGUAGUGAAGUAAAAAGUCUCAUUCAAAAGAUGGACCAAACAUGCCUCUUGAUGAUAGCUCCCGAAUUACAUAAUUUUACCAUUUAUCGAACGUUCGCAUCGAAUGCCAACCGGCAUUUUUGUAAGAUAUCAAAAAAAUUUGUUUUCAAGUUUUUUUUUUAAUAAUAGAAUGAUAUUUCGUUUAUUUCGAUGCAUUCCGCGUCAAGCAAACCUUAUAUAAUACACAGCUUGACGACAGCGCUAAAAAGAUUAAAUGUGGGUAUUUAGCCUUUGAUGACUGAUAAAAUGGUUAAUGUGUUAACCCCUUAUUUUUUUAUAGAAAAAAAUAUAAAUAAGAAAAUUAUCUCAGAAUUACGUAAAAAAUAUCAAAAUAAUUAUUUCUGGGUCAAUUUUUCCGAAAAUCGAUUAUUUUUUGUUGUGCCAUAUAUGGCACAAUAUCCAACAAAGCAACAUGUAUCAAUAAUAAAAAGAUAAUUGUAUGGGCAUAUUUAUUUAUAAAUAAAAUUAUUCUAUAUGAAACCUGUAAACACAAUUUCUGUCUUUGUUUAAGCACAGAUAAACAUUACAUUUUUCGCAUUUUAUAUAACUUUUUGCACCGCAAGUAUAUUUGCAUCGUUGUCUCUCCAUACACCAUAUUGGAAGAUGACCAUAUCCAUCUGUUCGAACAUCUUGCAUUGGAACAUCAGUCGCUGGACCCCUUUUUGCCCUAUUUUGUGAAUUUGCCAUAGCUUCACUUGGACGGCCUCUUUUUCUAGUAAAUCUGGAUUUAUUGACGUUACACAAGCAUUCUGCUACUGCCAUUUUGAAAUCUACUAAAGCUAAAUCACUGAACUCAUUGCCACUUCUUCUCCAGAGUAUCCAUGCAUUGACAGUCAUAAAUCAAUAAUAUGAAAAAAUAUGCGCAUGUACAAUUUUUUCGAUCUGAUUUUGAUUCUAUAGUAUCCCAGCAUGGAGUUCAGCAGGUCCACACCUCCCAUAUACUUGUUGUAUAUUGUUACAGAUUUUGGACAUGGUAUCAUUAUAUGUGUUUUAUCCUUUUUUGAAAAUCGCUUGACCUCGGCUGUUGGCGUACUUCCAGCAUAUGUCGAUAAAGUGCUUACCAACUUGUUGUCAUACCAUGUAACAACAGAUAGUUUGGUGCCAUCAACUGUAGCGAUUUUCUCUAACAUAGCUCCACGACCCUCUUUUUUUAGUUCACUCUCUUUUGGCAUAUUAGAAUUUGGCACUCUGUUUAUUCUUACUGUUCCUAGUGGUAACAUACCCUGCUUUGUCAGAUAAAUUUGUAAUGGGAUGCUAUUGAACCAAUUAUCAAAAAAUAUUUUGUGAUUUAUGUGUCUUGGCACUGUUUGUGUUAGCCGGAGUACUACAUUCGAACUUACCCCCAAAUCAGGAAAGCCAUCCGGUACAGUAUUAGUUUGACUUCCAGCAAAUAUUUCAUAGUCAUAUGAAAAUCCGCUAACACCACUCUGUACAAACGCUUUAUAUCCCCAUUUAUGGGGUUUCUGUGAAUUAUAUUGUUUCAGCGUCGAACGUGAUUUUGUAGGAAUAAUCUGCUCAUCUACGGCAAGAUAUUCUUCUUUUGGAACUUUGAGUAACUGAUCCCUAAAGACGGGUCCACACUAUGUAACAAAAUAUGUUAAUGACAAAGUUGUACAACAAAUUUGCUGUACAACUUUGUUGUGUAACUUGUUAUAAUAUAGCACAAGCAUCCAGACUAUAUAACAAAAUACAAAACAAAAAAGUGCGCAUAAUUUUCGCAGCAUUUUAGCUGGUAGGUGGUAGUAUGUAAAAUGUCGUCAAACGUAGAGGAUGCCAUAAUGGCAGCAGCAGCUUGCGUAAUUUUGUGCAAGCGACACCGACGUGUAAAGCGAAGAUUUUGGGUGCGGCCUUCAUUAAAAGCUCGAGAAAUAUAUAGUGUUACAGCUCUUUUAACUGAUCUGAAAAGAGAUGACCUAGACCCAUCGACAGGAGACAUUAAAUGUGAUGGCAGUUUUAAAAACUUCUUAAGAAUGACAAGUUCUGAUUUUGACUAUCUUAUAAAUGAAAUCGGCCAUAAAAUAGGCAGGAAAGACACAACAUUUCGAGAUGCAAUUCCAGUGAAGAAAGAUUAGCAGUUACGAUGAGAUUCUUAGCAAGUGGAGAUUACUACCAAAGUUUAAGCUAUUUAUUUAAAUUUUCUAAGCAGAGUAAUUCGAAUAUUAUGCCAGAAGUUUGUGACGCUCUCAUUGACUGUUUAAGAGAUAUAAUCAAAGUAAGUAUAUUUUUUACACUUUUUAUCCAUUUAGUUUCAUAGAGAAAGUAACAUUUGCGUAAAAUUUAAUUCAUCAUCGGUAUCUGCACCUGUGCAUGAUUGAGUGUCAGUGUCUGUUUGAAUUGGUGUAGCUAGGGCAGUUACGGGUGUAGGUGUAGUGGACGGAAUGGAGGAUGCCUCAGGUAUAUUGUAUGAUUUAGUGCCUGUUUGAUCUGAUGUAGCUGGUGAAGCAGCGGGCGUCGGUGUAGCGAACGGAGUGGUGGAUGUCCCAGGUUGAAUGUCUGAACACUCUGCUCUAUAGAGAAUAUUAUUUAUUUCAAAUUUGGCGUAGAUUUGCACCGAUUUGCUCUUAAGAUUUCGCAAGGUGGUCGCUACAUAUUCACCAUACACAUCAAAGUCAUCUCGCUUUUUCACGUUACUUGAUAGUUCUUUCAUUACCGCGUACGCUUCUUCAGAUUUCGUGUCUUUUGCCAUUCUCUUGUUGCCUUUAGUUAUAGGUAUACGUGCAAUAGUUUCAUUUACUGUUUUUUCUUGACGUUUUUUUGUAUCAUUUUGCACCUUUGCAUGUGGCUGUGAUCGCUCUUCUUCCUAUAAAAUCAGAAAAAACCGAAAAUCGUAUUUUGAUAUAUAACUUGUAUAUAACGAUUAAAGGCCUGUUUGAAGAAGACGCAUCACAAACCAGUCAGGGUCAAUGAUUUAAUCUAAAAAUUGUCACAUGUCAAUUCUCUGACUGUUUCUGAGCUGUCCGAUUGGCUCUGACUGGUUUGUGAUUCUUCUAGAAACAGAACUUAAAACAUGUAUUGAAAUGAAUAUAAUAAUAUAGCAUAAUUCCUCUUUCUUCAGGUACCCAAAUAUCAAGAGGAAUGGCAACAGAUUGCAAAUGAUUUUGACCAGAAGUGGAAUUACCCUCACUGUUGUGGCAGUAUCGAUGGAAAUCACAUAUGCUUACAAGCUCCAAUAAAUACUGGAAGCGACUAUUUCAAUUACAAGGGAUUUUUCAGCAUAGUGCUUUUGGCUAUAGUGGACGCUAGCUAUUGCUUUACGUUUGUAAAUAUAGGUUGCCAAUGUCGUUUGUCUGAUGGCGGAGUAUUUGCUAAUACAACAUUUAAAAAGUUACUUGAAACCUCUUCCUUGAAUCUCGCAUCAAUGAAAGUUUUACAGGGAAGAAUAUCAACUUCACCUUUUGUGUUUCUUGGCUUUACAGCCGCAUAUGAUGACACCCUUCCCAGGCACUCAACAGUAAGGGUCACCGGCUCGGAUUUACAAUUACAGACACAGCAGAGCAAGACGUGUAGUCGAAAAUACAUUUGGAAUUAUAUCUGUUAUAUUCAGGGUCUUUAGAAAACCAAUGCUUCUUGAGCCUCAAAAGGCAGAAAAGGUAGUUUUAACAAGUUGUUAUCUCCAUAAUUUUCUUCGAAAAGGUCAAUCAACUUCAUCCUACUGUCCACCAGGAACUUUUGAUUCAGAGGACGAGCUGACGGGAGAAUUAAUACCUGGUACAUGGAGAGUCGAAGGUCAGCCAAAUGGUACUUUGCUAAAACUUAAAAAGAUUCCCAGGAAACAUACCGUGCUAGGCAAAGAAAUACGAGAGGAGUUUUCUUUGUACUUUACCAGUAAGGAGGGGAAAGUGCCGUGGCAGAAUAAUUUUUGAUUUCAAAUUGGUUAUUAAUUUAAAGUGUGCUUACCUCAACCGCAGUGAUAUUCCCAGUGUCCCGUGUCUCAGUAUCUUGCUUGGGAGAUAGACCACCUUCAGUAGAAUGACGUGCCCAUUAUAAAAAAAAGCCAUUUUGUUUUAAAAGGGGCAUCAGCUCCAUCGCCACUAUUUCCUUUUUUCAAUUCACGCUGAAAUUGCCCAAUCAGCAUGCGCAUUUUUUUCAACUUCAUUUGUAUCUGUUUUGACUUCUGCGGCUAUUUCAGUCCAUGCGUCGUGUUUUUUAUUUCUAUUUUAAAAAUCCAUAAAUGUAGGAUCCCAUAAUACUCGUUGCUCACGAAAUAGUUCAAUUAAAUGAGUAGUCAAUUCUUUCGACCAUUCCAUCGUGAACAGAUCAAUGAAAAAUGUAGCAAAACAAACAAGACGAUGUGACACCGACGGUUCCCGUUCUUGUACUACUCCAAACACUAUUCACAGUGACAGGGAAUGUUUCAAUAAUCUAUUUUUAAGUGUAGACCAGUCACACUGCGAUUUUACAACAAAGUUUUAUAACUUUCUUUGAUCUUUACCGACAACUGAUGGAUAACAUAAAACAUGCUAUAUAACCUGCAAAAUGUUAUACAACACUGUGUUUUAUAACUUUUUUAUCUAAAAUUCUGUAACAAGUUACAAAACUUUGUUAUUUAACAUGUUUUGUUACAUAGUGUGAACCCGUCUUUAGUUUACUGAGUAACGGCCGAAUUUUGAAAAAUUUAUCAUGUCCUGGGUUGCCGACAGCAAUAGCGUCAUUAUUAUUUGAGAAAUGUAAAAAUCUUUUUAUUUCCUCCCAUCUGUUGCAUGACAUAACAUCUGAUAUCAAUCGGUGACUUAGGUUCAAGUUCCAAUAGCUUCUAGCAUUUGGUAACUGCACUAUUGACAUAUAAAUACAUGUCCCAAAGAACUGUUCUAGCUCCUUUUCAGAAAGAUCUAAAGGUUGUUGUGGUCUUUUUUGCACUGAAUAUAAAAGACUUUCUUACACUAUAUGUUUGGUCAAUUCAUAUGUUAGAAAGAACUUGAAAAAUGUGUAAGGGGAGUCUACACCUUUCAAUUCAGGAGGCAAGUCUGUAUACCUAAAAAUUUCAGAUCAUCGUCUGAUGAUACUAAAUUUCCUUGAGUCCAGGUAGGAUGAGUAUGUUUUUUAUUCUUCUUUAGCCUGCGUCGCAAUUCAUCUAGGGAAACAUCAUCGUCCUCGCUAUCUGAACUGUUUUCUAAAUCGGUUUCUGGGAUAAUAAUAUCUGGUGCAUUAUUAUUUACACCAUCACAUUCAUAGUCAGAUUCCGGGGCCAAUAUAAUGGUUGGAUUAUCAUCGUCUGAUAAUUGUUCAUCAUCACUAUCCACUGGUAUAUCUGAUACAAGAUUUUUCGAACCAUAAAACUUUUGUGGCUCCAUUACCUUGAAAUAAAUAGAACUUAAAAUAAUAAGGUUCAGAAUGCAUGUUGUGCCAUAUAUGUGCAAAACAGUUUUGCACAAAAGUGCAUACUGUUCCAUAUAUGGCACAAAUACAUUUUUGGUCAAAAAUCAGUAAAAUAUAAAGAAAUACUUGAAUCUACUCACAGGAAUGCUUUAUAUAGGUUGUAUUCCAAAUGGUGCUAUUUUCAAUAAUCCAAAAUGUCCAGUAGAAAUCUCUAACUUUGCAGAUCAAAAUUCACAACCUUUAGCAUCAGCUGUUUCUUGACCACCAUUUGCAAAUUUUCAUAAAACUUUACAAUGCCGCGUUGAGAUGGCGUUACAUUGCCAGGUAUGAUGGACUUGUGCCAUAUAUGGACAGUUAUGCAUAAGUAGUUGAGCAUGAUGCGUUUUGUAAUGAAUAAAUUGAAAAAAAUAUAACUGUGACAGAUAUGACGCACUAUGCAGUAAGGGGUUAAGAGGAAGUUAUACAAAAGUUUUUUGCAUUUGUUUUGGAACACUUGCCCAGGAAUCAGCAAUAUCACAUAGUUGCAUCCACAGACGCAUUUCUGUUAUCAUAGUAUUGUUAUAGGAAUAGUUACUUUUUUCUACAGUUUCUAGUCACUUUCAUAUGCCCCUUGAUACCCAGCCCAUUACGCAUUUAGUUAUUUUAAAGUUAUCCAUUUAAUAAUAAGUUCAUGUUACCAAAACAAAGUUGUAUUCGGUUUUAAUAGAAAGAUUAGAAACGCUGGUCGAAUGGUGCAUCUAUACCCCCAGUUGUAUCAGGUCAUAAUUUCAUGAAUGUGAAUGUGUUUUCAUUUGCAGGUCAGAAAAAUAUGUCCAUUCUUACACCUAUUUAUUUGUAUCGUAUUAAAAUAGAUACGCAUAAAUAAAUACAAUUAUAUAUUGGAAUAAUAUCUUAUUUUUUAUAUAUUCUUUGGAAUUCAUCCUAUAUGUGCUUACAUACAUUUUCGCAUCAAAGUGCCAGUUGAAAAUUUCUAGAUAGCAGCUGGGUGCCGUCUUAGAACAAUUUUUUAGGUGGAGUGAGGUUUAUGUAGAACCAUAUUUUGAAGCUCCUCAUGAGUACUUUAUCAACUUUUGGUGAAAGUGUACCUGCCCCAAAGACUUUUUCAAGAGCAGAAGGUAGCGGA